CACCACGCCGGCGCUCUCAGGGAGAAAUCGGGGACAGAAACGUGACCGUGCAGCCGAAGAGCUGUUACGCAACCGCUGACCUACUAACACAUAUUUCUAGAAAGGAGCCGGAGAAACUAGAGCAAAGUGUCCGACACAGCGCGGCGUACAGGCAGCCCGAACCCGCACAGCGACCCGCUCUCUCCAGCCAGCACCGAAGCAGGAAUCAGAGCUGAACUUCUCUCGGUAUUUUGGGGACGUUUUUUCCACCGCAGACGGCGAAGGAAGAGACGCGAGCGAGGCAGCUUUUGUGUCGGAGGAUCGUGGAUUCCCCUCCUCCAGGACCAGAGGAAACAAUCUGCAAACUGAAGCUGGACUGGAAAUCCCUCCAAAAUCCACAGAUUUUUCUGUGUUGGAGUGGCCAACAGGCGUCGCAGCUUCCCGACCACUGACCACAAUCACCCCCAGUCAGACACUCGACUACCAUACUGGACAUCUUGCAGGCCAUAUUGCUCCAGAUACAAAGCUUGUCUGGCCUUUCCCCAAAAGUCAAGGAUAUAAAUGUCUGAGGUUUACGUGGAGUUUCAUCUGUUUCUAAUCUUCUUGGCCAAUUUGGACACUUGAAGAAUUCUGAUCUUGAAUAACAAAUAAAGGAAACCCAUGAGGCUCUCGACAGAAAGGGCACAAAUAUUAAAAAUCUUUGCCGACCCAGGAACAUAAGUGUUUGAAAAUAAAACAAUUGGCUACAGCAGAACAGCUCUACGUCUCUCUCCAAACCUCCCCUCUGCUGGAGUCAAGCUCCAGCCCCAAUUGGGAAUAUGGAAAGUCUCAGUCUCCUCAUCCCGUCCACCAACAACAAAAGUUCAAUGGAGGUGGAUUCCUUUUCAGAUUUCAACGGGAGCUUCCCAUCCCCCGAUGGUGGCGGGCGAUCCAACCGCCAGGCUAAAGGCUCCAAGCCGACCGUAACAUCUCGUCGUAAGCGAGAAUUCAUUUCUGAUGAGAAGAAAGAUGAUUCCUAUUGGGAGAAGCGCAGGAAGAACAAUGAAGCAGCCAAGCGCUCAAGAGAAAAGCGUCGGCUCAAUGACAUGGUCUUGGAGAACAGGGUCAUGGCGCUAAAUGAGGAGAAUGUUCGUCUGAAGACGGAGCUACUACAGCUUAAGUUGCGCUUCGGCCUCAUCAGCACAGCCUCCUACAUGGAAAAAAGUCAGCAGAUCUCCAACAGCGCCGCAGGUGGCAACUUGAGUAACAGCGGCAGCAGCGCCAACGGAACACCCAACAGCCACGCGUACCAUUCCAGCAGCGGCUACUCAAGUGCUUCCCAGGUGAUGAUGAAUUCCGACUCCUCGGAGACAGAACAGUCGACCCGAGGGGAGCGACACAAUAACCUGCACUACUCCCCAAUGGGUUCCGUGUCUGACAUGUCUGAUGGAUCCUCCAGAGACAGUCCUGAACCUUUGGGUUACAGCAUAAAGAAGGAACCCGCAAAUAUGGAGAUGGCCAUGCUGGACAGUAAUGGAAUACCCAAUGGCUUGCCAAAUGGGGCUUAUAAUGGUAACCACCCCGGAUUGGUUUCUUCCCACCAGCAGAGUGCGCCCAUGCCCGAAAGGACAAUGGAGUUCCAGCAUCAUCAGCAGAACCACGUGGAGGCGUCAGUCACGGUCCCCCAUGCUACGUCUGCCCAAAGGAGUGUCAUUCUGUACCGCUCCAGCAGCGCCUGUUACACCAUGGAGAACCAGAGACCAGAGGAAGAGCUUGCUGCAGAGAGCCGGCCCAACCAAAGUGGCCAACACCAGUUCUCUGACUGCUCAGCAAGCAUCACAGAAGUUGCUGAGAAGCUCGAAAGGACAAACACUUCAGACUCUGAGAAGUAUGAUUACGUCAAUGGCCCAAGCGGGUCAGCUGAUGAGCUGCAGAUAAGGUACAGUCCCAGUAUCCAAACCCAGCAUGAGAACCGUCAUGGGCAUUACAACUAUGAGGGUCAAGAAAACACUCAUCAGCACAGUAAGAAUCCUUUCGCCCCAAAUCUGAUCCACAGCACAGAGGAAGGCCACCCCUUCUCACAACACGACGGUUACCUCAACACGAUGGACGACGAACCGCCAGUUCUCACCUAUGAAGGAGGCCCCAAAACUAAUGGCUUUUAUCAAGAGAAUUCCUCUGGUAAAGACACCUCCUCCAGUGACGGCGACCCUCGUAGCUCUGACAAGGAGGGCUCCACAGAUGAUGAGUCUCCCUCUUCCUCCUCCUCCGACAUCAGCAGCUACCACCAGAAAGCAUCCAGUGCUGCCUCUUCUUACGGUGACUGCCAAGCCGAGGUCAAAGGCACAGCGCUGCCCCACAAACUGCGGCUCAAGUACAGGGCCAUUAGCAACGGCUCAGCAAGAUCACAGUUGGAGACUUCGACCACCGCUCCAAUGUCCCCGUCGUCCUCCCUGCCUCAGCACCCUUACUUGGCUCUACCCACCAACCCGGCUCAUGGACAGCCCACUGAGGAGAACAAAGAGGUGGAGAAUGACCCAGAGUACAUGGAGGAUCAGUCUGAUGUGAACGAGCGAGGAGAGCUGAAGAAGGAGGGAGGUAAAAAGGGAUCCAACAACGCAAAAGGUGGACGAAACAAAAAGCGAGAUUGACAUAUUAGGGGCCACCAAAGAAUCUCUGCAUCACCUCUGUUGCCUCACUGGAUAGAAGGCACCUCCGGUACAGCUCAAGUCAAUAGAUGUGACAGAAACAAGGCAAUGAUUUGACCUGACGACCUGAUUCACCAAGUCUCCUGAGUCCCCUUUAUGAUCUCCGACCUCCCAUGUUCAUCUCCAGCUUCACUCCACACCUGGAAGGACACGGGGAGGACCAGCGUCACCCAUCAAGAUCCAAAGUCAUCUUUGCAGUCUCUUGCGUUUUUAUGCCUUGGUGCGAUUACUGUGGCAUUAUGGGAACAUUUGACCAAAGAAUCAAAACAUUACAUUUCUGUCUCCAUAUUCGGACUAUAAUUCUGCCUCCCUCGGAACAUCUCUCUCACUGUCGACAGGUCAUCACUGCGAAAGCACUUACAUUGUAUAUUACUGUGAUAUAAGUUUGCAUAUAUGGAGCAUAUAUUUUAAGAAUAAAAAUGUGACAAAACCAAGACAAAAAAAAAACGGAUUGUGGGAUGCUGAAGUACUAGAUUAGCAGAGAUCAGCUUGUUUGUGCUGAAACACCUUGUACAGUCCAUGUUAGACUAGAAAAUGCCUCAAAGGAAUUAUCCACGGUGAGACCCACGAGUGGAUCGAUGAGCACUCUAAUAUUCGAGCCGUCAAAACGGUCAGCGAGAGACUCCGCAUAACACACAGUGAUGUGCGGAGAAUCCGACAAGCACAAGUUUGCUUUGCAUUCUCUCUAAAUUGAACUCGUCUCACAGAUGAAGCCAGUUUCAACCAGCACUGCUGCUGUCUCGAAAUAAGGUGCCUAUUUACAGUCUUGUUUCUAAAGUCCUCUCACCUCUGUACCAACUUGUUUUAGCUCCAGUAGCUGUAGUAGACCUGUGCAAGUUCUAACGUGCCUGCCUCUGGCCCCUAAUGUAUAAAUGUAAAUUGUCUCUCUCUAUUGGUAUAAUGCUGUCAUUAUUUCAAUAUUUUUGUUAAUAUAGCUAUUUUUAUUGUUAUUUUUAUCUAUUAUUUUUGUGUCUCUCUGUCUUCCUGUCGUGUCACUAUGCUCUGUGCUCCUAUUUGUUGUGCUGUGUAUUGAUCUGAUCUGCCCUCUGACCCAGCUACCUUUUGUACUCUGUUACUGUAACGUAUAUUGAUCGCCAGACAUGUUAAAAAUGAAAAUGACGGGGUUGGGAGUUUGUCCGUACGUGACUGUGUAUUGCUAUACUUCACAUGGAUAUGCAAAAUGGUUUCAAAAACACUUUGAUUGUGGUUGCCUGAGAAAAAAAGGGGAAAUAAAAGGUUAAAUUUG